GUCAGUGUUGCUUUCCUUUCUGUGAUUCAGGACAACAUGAAGCGCAAACUUGAUGCCGAUGAUGCACCUACGGUGGAAGUCCCAAAACAGAGCAACAAUGACGAGCCCUCCUUCGACUCUUUCGGUCUCGACCCUCGCCUAAUGCAAGCAGUCGCCAAAUCUCAAUUCUCUACACCAACGCCUGUGCAAGCAAAAGUGAUUCCCCUGGCGCUUGAAGGAAAAGACAUUCUUGCAAAGUCAAAGACCGGUUCCGGCAAGACCGCCGCCUACAUCCUCCCAACUCUUCAAUCAAUCCUCCGCCGUAAGAGCGCCGCGCUGCAAAAGAAAUCAACCUCUACACUCAUACUGGUACCGACACGAGAACUGGCGGAUCAAGUCCGCAAGGCUUUCAGCACAUUCUCAGCUUUCUGCGCGAAGGAGGUCAAAUCGUUGAACUUGACACAGCGGGUCUCGGAUGCGGUUCUUCAUGCCGUGUUGCAGGAUUCCCCGGACACAAUCGUCUCAACACCAAGCAGGCUGAUGCAAUACUUCAACUCUGGGGGAGUCUCACUGGAAAAUAUCAGCCAGCUUGUCAUCGACGAGGCAGACAUCGUUCUCUCAUACGGGUAUGAAGAUGAUAUGACCGCUAUAUCUGCGGCACUGCCUCGCAAUGUGCAGACCUUCCUGAUCAGUGCUACACUCACGCCCGAGGUCGACGAGCUGAAGUCAAUGUUCUGCCGAGACGCAACGGUGGUGAAGAUCGACGAGAAGGAAGAAAAGGGUGAAGGUGUGACACAAUAUGCUGUUCGGUGCGCGGAGGAUGAGAAGUUUCUGCUCAUAUUCGUGGUCUUCAAACUACGGCUGGUGCGCGGCAAGGCUCUCAUCUUCGUCGCCGACGUGGACAGGAGCUACCGUCUGAAGCUGUACUUGGAGCAAUUUGGAAUCAAGUCGUGCGUACUUAAUGCGGAACUCCCCGUAAAUUCCAGGCUGCAUGUCGUCCAGGAGUUCAAUAAGGGCUUGUACGAUAUCCUCAUUGCCGCGGACGACCAGGAAGUCCUUGGCGGAGUCGUGAAGAGGCGUCGGAGUACCGACGUAGGUGAAGAAGAACAAGAGGACGAAAUCAGCGACGAGGAGGAUCAACAGGACUCACGCCCCGCAAAGAAGGCAAAGCUGGCAAACAAACAGAAGGAUUACGGUGUAUCCCGAGGCAUCGAUUUUCAAAACGUGGCAUGCGUCGUCAACUUCGACCUGCCCCGGACAUCCAAAUCCUACACUCACCGUAUCGGGCGGACAGCACGAGCCGGCAAAGCAGGCAUGGCUCUGUCGUUCGUGGUCCCGAAGGACCUUUACGGCAAGCACAAGGCCACUAGCAUCCCGUCGGCCAGGAAGGAUGAACAGGUGCUCGAGAAGAUCAUGGCCCGCCAGGCCAAGAAGGGCAACGAGGUGAAACCGUACCAUUUCGACAUGGCGCAGGUCGAUGCGUUCAGGUAUCGAAUGAACGACGCGUUGCGUGCGGUCACGAGAGCGGCAGUGCACGAGGCUCGCGCGCGAGAAAUCAAGCAGGAAUUGAUCAAGAGCGAGAAAUUGAGGAAACAUUUCGAGGAGAACCCCGACGACCUGCGACAUCUGAGACACGACGGCGAGCAUGGUGCCGUGGUCAGGCAUCAGUCCCACCUCAAGCACAUCCCAGACUAUUUGAUGCCGGCGCAGGGUCGGAAGGCCAUGAGUACGGAUGACGUCGGCUUUGUUGCCUUGAGGAAACCUGAUUCGGAUAAGCGGAAGGACAGGAAGAAGCGAGGCAGCAAUACAAGGAGAGGUCACCGAGGAGGAAAAAGUAAAGGCAAGCUUGACCCCUUGAAGUCUUUCAGUGCCAAAAAGAAGCGUUGAAUAGGCUGUUUCUGGUCCAAGGUGUCGAACCAGGUUGCCAUAGGAAUGAAUGCGAAAUCGGUCUUGACUGUUACAUGCCGACGAGUCUGCGAUUCCAGGAGAAGCAUCUGCUCCAUGUUCAAUGGUCCUCUGUUUCCCUUUCCUUCUCUUGCUCCUCCAUCCAAUGUCGCAGCCAAUGUUAUCUACGAGAUAGCGGCUCACCAACAACGUCGGACGGACAAGAGGAGCAUAUGACGGAUGACUGCUUACCAAAGUAGGCCGGUGAUUUGUUGUUGGGAUUAUAAUACAGUACGGAUAACUACGCUG